CUUACAAGCAACAACAUGAUUACUUUUUUGAAUCUUCAAACAACAAAAGUUAUAAAGUUUUGCCUAUAAAUUUCGUCACAAAACUUCUUCUUGCUUGAACUAAAAAUAUCACAUGUUCCAACUAUAGUCUUUCGAAAGAGAGAUAAACCCCAAAAAAAAACACACAAAAAAAGAGUUCUCGAAAUCCCAAAAAUGCCCUUCAACAUAACUGCCGUGAAAACCUCAUCUAACGGAGUAUGGCAAGGCGACAAUCCCUUGAACUUCGCCUUUCCGUUACUCAUCGUCCAAACGGCGUUAAUCAUCGCCGUCAGUCGCUCCCUCGCUGUGCUCUUCAAACCCCUUCGACAACCCAAAGUCAUCGCCGAGAUCGUCGGAGGGAUUUUGCUGGGACCGUCUGCUUUAGGGAGAAAUUCGGCGUACAUGGACCGUAUUUUCCCGAAAUGGAGUAUACCUAUACUCGAAUCAGUCGCGAGCAUAGGACUCCUCUUCUUCCUCUUCCUCGUCGGCCUCGAGCUCGAUUUAUCAUCGAUCCGUCGAAGCGGCAAACGCGCUUUCGGGAUCGCAGUCGCCGGAAUCACGCUCCCGUUUCUCGCCGGCGUCGGAGUCGCCUUCGUAAUCCGCAACACUCUCUACACCGCCGCCGAAAAGCCGGGAUACGCCGAAUUUCUCGUUUUCAUGGGAGUCGCUCUCUCCAUCACAGCCUUCCCUGUGCUCGCGCGUAUCUUAGCAGAGCUUAAGCUUUUAACCACUCAGAUCGGAGAAACCGCGAUGGCUGCGGCCGCUUUCAACGAUGUGGCCGCGUGGAUUUUGCUCGCUUUGGCGGUUGCGUUAGCAGGUAACGGCGGUGAGAGCGGUGCGAAGAAGAGUCCGUUGGUGUCGCUGUGGGUUAUGUUAUCGGGCGUCGGGUUUGUUGCUUUUAUGCUGGUUGUGAUCCGACCCGGAAUGAAAUGGGUCGCGAAACGCGGGUCUCCCGAAAAUGACGUCGUGCGCGAGUCUUACGUUUGUUUGACUUUAGCCGGAGUUAUGGUUUCCGGUUUUGCGACGGAUUUAAUUGGGAUUCACUCGAUUUUCGGGGCGUUUGUUUUCGGUUUGACUAUACCAAAAGAUGGAGAGUUCGGUCAGCGAUUGAUUGAACGGAUUGAGGAUUUUGUCUCCGGUUUACUAUUACCUCUUUAUUUCGCGACGAGUGGAUUGAAGACUGACGUGGCAAAGAUCAGAGGAGCUGCGUCGUGGGGGAUGUUAGGUCUUGUGAUUGUUACGGCUUGCCUCGGAAAGAUCGUCGGAACUUUUGCUGCGGCGGUGAUGGUUAAAGUUCCGGCGAGAGAGGCUUUGACACUUGGUUUCUUGAUGAACACGAAAGGUUUAGUGGAGCUCAUUGUACUCAAUAUAGGCAAGGAGAAAAAGGUACUAAACGACGAGACGUUUGCGAUAUUGGUGCUAAUGGCACUCUUUACAACGUUCAUAACGACGCCGAGUGUCAUGGCCAUUUACAAGCCUGCACGUGGCACCCACCGCAAGCUAAAGGAUUUGUCGGCGAGCGAAGACUCCUCCAAGGAAGAGCUUCGAAUCCUCGCCUGCCUCCAUGGCCCAGCCAAUGUCUCCUCCCUCAUCUCUCUCAUCGAGUCCAUCCGAACCACCAAGAUAUUGCAGCUAAAACUGUUUGUGAUGCACCUCAUGGAACUAACGGAACGUUCAUCGUCAAUCAUAAUGGUGCAAAGAGCCCGUAAAGACGGGGUUCCUUUCGUCCACCGUUACCGUCACGGCGAGUGCCACAGCAGUGUCAUAGGAGGCUUCCAAGCCUAUCGUCAAUUGGGCCGAGUUGCGGUUCGGCCCAUUACCGCAGUCUCUCCUUUACCAACCAUGCACGAAGACAUUUGCCACUUGGCAGAGACCAAGAGGGUCACAAUGAUCAUUUUACCUUUCCACAAACGAUGGAACGUUGAUCACGGUCACGGCCACGGCCACCACCACCAUCAAGACGGAGGAGAUGGAAACGUACCGGAAAACGUCGGUCAUGGUUGGAGAUUGGUUAACCAGAGGGUUUUAAAGAACGCGCCGUGUUCGGUGGCGGUUCUUGUGGACCGUGGGCUUGGGUCCCUUGAGGCCCAAAGUUCGAGCGUUGAUGGGUCGAAUGUGGUUGAAAGGGUUUGUGUGAUUUUUUUCGGUGGGCCUGAUGAUCGCGAGGCUUUAGAGCUCGGUGGGAGGAUGGCGGAGCAUCCAGCCGUUAAAGUUACCGUUGUUAGGUUUUUGGUGAGGGAAACGUUGAGGAGUAACGCCGUCACGUUACGUCCGGCACCGUCUAAAUGCAAGGAGAAGAAUUAUGCCUUCUUGACCAUCAAUGUGGAUCCAGUAAAAGAAAAGGAACUAGACGAAGGAGCAUUAGAAGAUUUCAAGAGCAGGUGGAAAGAAAUGGUGGAGUACAAAGAAAAGGAACCAAACAACAUAAUUGAAGAAACAAUGUCAAUAGGACAGAGUCAAGACUUUGACCUUAUAGUGGUUGGGAGAGGGAGGUUACCGUCGGCCGAGGUGGCGGAACUAGCCGAGCGUCAGGCAGAACAUCCAGAGUUAGGUCCUAUAGGAGACGUGCUCGCCUCUUCGAUCAACCACAUCAUCCCAUCAAUCCUUGUGGUUCAACAACACACCAAAGCUCAUGUAGAGGAGAUUACAGUUUCCAAAAUUGUCAACGAGUCUUCUCUAAGUAUAAAUGGAGACACAAAUGUAUGAUUAAAAAAAAAAAAGGUCUUGUUGAUCUUUGCGGCUUUGCCUUAAUGGUUAAAGUCGUUAAAGUUGUAGUUUAUCCCCAAUAUAUAUAUAUAUAUAUAUAUAUAUAUAUAUAUAUAUAAAGAUCUCAUCAACUAAUAAGAAUUGUAGAAAGAGCGUUCAAU